GAGUUAUGUCCCUUUAACACAUCAGAGUUCACAUCCGGUGACUGUGUUUACAUCUAUCUCGAAGCAUCACUCCUCCUCUUAUGUCGUAGUUAUCUCCGCAAUCUUCUUUCGUUAAAGAUGUCGACAUUUCUCAGACACAACUCCUUGUUUCUGGGGGGUUUGGGAAUGGGUUUAUUAGUCGGCGUUGGCGGAUCUGUGAUUUAUUUUCGAUUGACAACCAAUGUUGAUACUGAACUGCGCUUGAUAUCAGAAUCCAUUUCUUCUCUGCGGAGAGAGGUAGAGGAGUUAAAAGAAAAAAUUGCCACUCGUAGGAGGAGAAGUCCGGCAUUCUAUUCUGGGACCGCCUCCAGUAGCGGGGAAACGGAUGACGAGGCUUAUGAAGAUGCAUACGGAGGGUCAGACUAUGAGUUCCAUAACUUUCAUGACCUUCAAACAGAAAUCCAUACUCAGAUGAAUGCGAAAAUCGGCAGGGAUGAACAAGAAGAAACAAAAGAUGACAACGACAGUGUCAAUUUCUUUUCAAGUGUUGACAAACUUUUCGAUGGAACUGACGAGGAAAAAAUAAAGGCUUAUGAAAUGCUGCAGAACAAUAGAGACAAGUUUGAAGGUGAUGUUGAAUAUUGUUGGCGACUAGCCAAAAGUACCUACCAGCUCUCACAGAUUGAGGGAAGCAGAGGAGAACUGGAGAAGAAGAAAAAAUUAGUGUAUGCUUCCAAAGACCUGUCUCAGAAAGCUGUUGCCAUGGAUGAAAAAUGUGCCAAUGCUCACAAAUGGUUUGCCAUUACAUUGGGAAGUAUAGGAGAUUAUGAAUCUACGCAAGAAAAGAUAAAAAAUGGAUAUGUAUUCAAGGAACAUAUAGAACGUGCAAUACAACUUAAUCCUAAGGAUCCAUCCAACCACCAUCUCCUGGGCAGGUGGUGCUAUGGGGUGUACAUGCUUUCCUGGAUAGAAAGAAAGGCAGCUGCCACUCUCUUUGCCACGCCCCCAGCCUCUACUGCUCAGGAGGCUCUCACCCAUUUCCUUGAGGCAGAUCGUCUAAACCCAGGAAAAUGGAAAGAAAAUCUACUCUAUGUGGCAAAAUGCUAUUACCAAAUGUCGCAGUAUAAAGAGAUGACCGAAUGGUUAGAUAAAGCAGCAGCGAUUCCUGUUGUUAGUCAAGAUGACAAGACAGCAGAAGAAGAAAUCCAGUCUCUAAUGAAGUACAGAGUGAAAUAAGCAAUCAAAAAUUCUGAGAUUUUAGUUGGGUUUUUUUAAACAGUUAGAUAGUAUUUUAAACUUUGUUAAGCCAAUCAAUCAAGGGACCAAUUACUGUUGUGAAUUUUUUCUGUGUUGUGUUAAGAGAGGAAUGGGACAAGUUUGUCUUGUGAUGUACACUCUUUUGAAAUAAACGAUAAAAUUAACACUUUUAAAAUACUUCAUAUUUUUAACUUCCACACUAUUAUAUAGAUUAAGAGCAGCUAUUGGUUUAUAAGUCAAGAGUUUAAGACCCAGUGAACAUUUUAUUAGAAUUUAUUAAUGCAAGUUGUGACCAAUUUUGAAUUGUAUGUUUUUAGAACUUUUAAACUGGUGAUUAUAUUGUUGAAAGUGUCUCAUUCUUACCCGUAUUCAUUGCAAGGGCUAGUUUUAUAUUUUGAUUCUCUUUUGAUAUGCAUGUUAUACAUAUGAAUAAACAGAAAUGGCAAAUACCAUGUGCUUGAAUUAAAGUUUGGUUUUCUAGUGUGUUGCAAUCAAGCUAAAGUUUGGAUUUCUGGUGUGUUGCAAAUUUCAAAGCUAAUCAAGAUCAUUUUCAAUGUGCAAUACACAUACAGAAAUACCAGUACAUUAAUAUGGCUGUAUUGAAUUGUAAAACUUUUUUAAUGUUUGGAAUGUUUUUAGAUAAUCUACAUUUUUUUAUACACGUGUACUGCAUUAUUAUCUGAAAUGUUCUUUUUAUAAAUGUUCAAGUAAAACCAGGGUAUGGUGCGAAAAAAAUGCUCAAAAGUACAUGUAUUACCAUAAUGAUAAUCACAUAUUUCAAUGUCUUUUUAAUUAGAGUUUUAUGACAGAAUAAUAUCUACAGUAUGUUUACAGUUACAUGUUAUCAUAUUUCUUUUUCUUGAAUUCUUACUAGUUAUUGAAUAGCUAUAUUUCAUAAACAGGAACUACAAACUGGUUUACAAAAUUCAAAGUGUUCAAGGGAAAUAACAGGAGGGCACUGGCUGCUGUAUGUAAAUUGAGUUCUGAAAUCAAAUUAUUGAAUAGCAGUUAUAACAAUUAUGGAUGAAAAUGUAAGAUACCCAUGUUUCUGUCUGAUUAGCAUUUGCUGUAAUACUAUAAACAGAUAAGUUUUCAUAGGAAGAAAUAUAUAUAAAUGUGCAAUUGAGGUCAUUAUGAAUUCACUGAGGAGGAAAAACACAUAAAAAGGAGCUAAUUUGAACAAGGAUAUAUGGUUGAGACCAUUUCCAUAGUUCUUUUCUAUCUUCAAAUAAAGAAGAGCUUGACAUAAAUUUUUCAUGUACCUUUUUAU